GAUAUUUCAUGUGGACAAGAAGUUUUUCCUGUACGAGUUUAUUCGGACACUGGCAACUGUGUGCCACCGGAGGCUUUCACAUACAUUUCCUCUUGUGACUACUCAAUGUUUAAGGAAAAUCGUGUUCCUAAGCGAACACUGGAUUUGUUGACGGUUAAAUGCGAUUGUGAUGAUCUAAUCUGUGGCGAGCAAUGUGCUUGUAGAGAAAUGAACGAUAGACUUACUUUCUGUACGAUAAUGGGUGACGGACGGGUCUUUGUCAACUCGAAUGCAACAUUUUUUAACACACUAAUUGUGGGAUGCGGAAGCAAAUGUGCUUGUAAAGGGCAAUGUAGGAAUUCCCUUCGUGCCACAUCACUUCCCGCACCUUUCAGAUUCGAAGUUUUUCGAAGAAGUGAUAAUCUCGGAUUCGGACUGCGUACACUAAGCAAUAUACCCCAAGGCUGUGCUGUUGUUGAAUUCUGUGGCGAAAUUCUCAGGAGCAAAGUGUUGAGCAGUAGAGGGGCGGAAUCGUUGGACUACUCUUUCUGUCUACACUCAUCUGAAGAGUCAGAGAUUUAUGAGAGGCUCGCAUCAGCCAAGAAUACAAAGAGCGAAGUGUUUGCUAUUUUGAAUCAUACGACAUAUAUUGAUCCCACAAGAAAGGGCAACAUUGCACGCUUUAUCUCUCACGGCUGUCUACCAAAUCUUGUGAUGUUACGGUACGCCGAGAACGAUUUGCGUCUCCAUCACUCUCGAGCGAUCUUGUUUGCAGCUCAACCUAUUCUUGCCGGAACAGAGCUAUUUUUCGAUUAUGGGAAUAACUAUUUGAACCGAGCAGGAUUCAAGUGUGAGUGUCGAACAAUGUGGUGUGACAGCGUAGCGACACGUUGGCGCUCUACGGAUCCCACUCAUGAAGAGAUAAUGCGGAAGUCUCUGGAGUAUUUUGCCUAUUUGAAGCAACGUAUGAAAGUUUACGACUUGAAAGCAAAGCAAUAUCUCCGGAGCGAAGGCAUAGUUCGUCCUGAGUACGACGACCUCGACGAACCACUCAUAGGCAUUCAGUCCAGUCUUUCAAGAAUUGAUCCAGCAUGUGUUCACAAACGUAAUGGAGAAAAUGAACCUGUGAUAUGUUAUAACCUUUACUGCCGCAGC